GGGCGCGGGCUCCGCAGGCGUCGGGGUUGGUCUGACCUAGGGCCUUGCCCGCCCACUGUGGACAUGGAGCCGGAACCCGUGAGCCUGAGCAGGGAGCUGAGCGCCGGCCCGGCCCCCGACCGCUGCUCGGCCUGCCAUGGGGAUGAGGACUGGGGGCCUGACCACUCCAUGCGGAGGCGCCCCAAGGCCCGCAGCCUGUCGGCCGCGCCCGCCCUGGCGGGCGCCAAGGAGUUCAGGAGGACCCGCUCUCUGCAUGGACCCUGCCCGGUGACCACCUUUGGACCAAAGGCCUGUGUGCUUCAGAACCCCCAGACCAUCAUGCACAUCCAGGACCCCGCCAGCCAGCGGCUAACCUGGAACAAGGCGCCGAAGAGCGUCCUGGUCAUCAAGAAGAUCCGGGACGCCAGCCUGCUGCAGCCCUUCAAGGAGCUGUGUGUGCACCUGAUGGAGGAGACCAACAUGGUUGUGUACGUGGAGAAGAAAGUGCUGGAAGACCCGGCCAUAGUGAGUGAUGAGGACUUUGGGCCCGUGAAGAAGAAAUUCUGCACCUUCAGGGAAGACUAUGAUGACAUCUCCAACCAGAUUGACUUCAUCAUCUGCCUGGGUGGGGACGGCACCCUGCUCUACGCGUCCUCGCUCUUCCAGGGCAGCGUACCACCGGUCAUGGCCUUCCACCUGGGCUCCCUGGGAUUUCUCACGCCCUUCAGCUUCGCCAGCUUCCGCUCCCAGGUUGCGCAGGUGAUACAGGGGAACGCGGCUGUCGUUCUCCGGAGCCGCCUGAAGGUGCGGGUGGCGAAGGAGCCGCGCGGCAGGAAGGCGGCCGUCCCCAACGGCGUCCGUGAGAACGGGGCCCCGGCGUCCAGCCCCGAUGCCGACGCCGAGGCUGGGAAGCAGGUCAUGCAGUACCAGGUCCUGAACGAGGUGGUGAUCGACAGGGGCCCCUCCUCCUACCUGUCCAACGUGGACGUCUACCUGGACGGGCACCUCAUAACUACUGUGCAGGGUGACGGCGUGAUCGUCUCCACCCCCACGGGCAGCACAGCCUAUGCAGCCGCAGCCGGGGCCUCCAUGAUCCACCCCAACGUGCCAGCCAUCAUGAUCACGCCCAUCUGCCCCCACUCGCUGUCUUUCCGGCCCAUCGUGGUUCCCGCAGGAGUCGAGCUGAAGAUCACGCUGUCGCCAGAGGCGAGGAACACGGCCUGGGUGUCCUUUGACGGCCGGAAACGGCAGGAGAUCCGCCAUGGGGACAGCAUCAGCAUCACCACCUCCUGCUACCCGCUGCCCUCCAUCUGCGUGCGCGAGCCCGUGAGCGACUGGUUUGAGAGCCUGGCCCAGUGCCUGCACUGGAACGUGCGCCGCCGGCAGGCGCCCUUCCCUGGAGGGGAGGAGGGCCAGGGUGGGGAGGGCUAGGCCGCCCGGCCUCCCUGCCCCGCGGGACCAGCCUGCGAGGGCCUGACCCGCAGACCAGCCCUCGGGCUCUGCGUCUGGACGCCGGCCAGGCUGGGAGCCUCCGCGGGAGACUGCGUCAUCGGUCUUGGAAUUCAGGGGAUCAGAUGGGUUCGUCUGUCCUUCGGUGUGAUAAUAAAUGUCUCGUAGCCAAAAAUCCUUCUUAGCGGCCACCCCUCCCCGGCCCCUCCCCGAUACUGGUGGAUGGUGCCGCGGGCCAGGCCGCAGGCAGCAGCCCGUGCAGGCCACUCACAUUCCUCACACCCCGGAAGGUAUUUUAGAUUCUAUGUCUACUUUUUAGAGAUUCUUUUAAACUUUCUGAAGUGCUUACGUACAGAUUUUAUUGUACACACUUUGCAGACUUGGGGGAGGGCGCAUGCCGCCGGCCGGCUGGGACCAAGCGGGAGGGCUGUCCUCUGGGGCGGCGCCAUGUCCCCGCUAUUCCUCUGGCCUGGCCCAGGCUGCGGCGGUGUGUGGGCAGCGGGCACGCCUUCUCCCGGGAAGCGCAGGACGGUGUCCCUGAGGGCUGCCUGCUUGGGCUCCUGGUCCCCACGUGCCAGGCUCAGGGCCUGAGGUGCCCAGGGGCCAGGGGCUGGGCCCAGGUCCAGACGGCACUCAGACGUGUACGUGACUCCCAGUCGCUCCGAGAAGGCCCAGUAGUGCUGAUCAGCCCUUGGAGCAGCAUGAUGUUGGAGUGAUCUAGAAGACAGCUUUUUGAAGUAAAUUCUUAAUGUUUCAUAUUGUUAAUAUCUUGAAAAUUUGUUAAAUGUUGAAAACUUAUCACUAUUUUCAGAUUCUUUCAAUAAACAGAUUUGUUUUAAACUUUGGGUUAAGUGACAGCUCCAU